UAAAUUUUAAAUCACGCUUAUCGUGAGUGUAAGUGCAUAUGUUGCCGAAGUCAAAGAAUCCGGCAAUAUAAGGCCGCCAACAACAUGGGGUUCAGCCGAUCUCGGUGGUGUCUGUCUGUCGAAACACAUAUAGCGGCAAGCUCUAUGGGCGGGGGAUGCAAGCUCAGAAUGGGCUGGGACCGCAAGCAAGCUGGGAACGCGUAUGGCCCCAACCCGUCACAUAGUAGAGUGAAAAUGGCUGUGGAGCGUGCAGGAAGUACUGAUUUCAACAUUUCAAGGAGGACAGUAAGCUUUUUGUGGAGACAAGCAAGAACUCAAUUGGAGGAAAGGCGUGCCAUUGAUGUCAAGAGCAAGAUGGCAGGCUUCCAUGGCGAUAACAGUGAUAGGUUAGAUGUUCAUGGUUUCCAUUGACAAUUGGUGAGGCUGGCUUCUUUGGCUAACGGGAUGAUGAAGUGAUCAGAUUCAGAUCCCCAAAGGCCUAUUUCAUAUUGCAAAUUAAAAGCUGGAGAAGAAAGUUCAAGCUGAGGAAUCUUGAUUGGAGCAAAUGAAUCAUUAUAGCCAUGGAUGCAACAUUUGGGAUAGAAUACUUGAAUUUAAAAAAAAUAGCAUGCUUAACAUUGACCAGAGACAUUUUAGAAAAUACUCCCUCCUUCCGUCCCGAAAUAGAUUACAAUAUUCUCUCACAUUUUUGUCCCAAAAAGAAUUACAAAGUCAAUAACUUUACAAGGAAUUG